ACGCUCGUUUCUUUCUCGUAUCGAUCAUUGAAAAUGUGUGUCUCGCGACAUCGUGCCAGCACGCGAUAAGCGAAAGGAGGGAGCGACAAAAAGAGAGGGACGGGGACUAGGAAAAAACAAGAACGUCUUAACGAUAUGUAUUUAUGCGUCGUGACGGUAUCGCGCGCGGAGAUCUAUCGCCCCACCUUCUCCGUUGAACCAGCGUAAAUUCCAAGUGGAAGUAGUGGGAUCCAGAAUCGAUUCGGAUCGAAAAGAAGUGGCCAGUCGAAUCGGAACGGUGCGGUGGUGCUCCGUUCGUAAAUACGGAGAUCUCGGACGAAUUAAAUCGCAUUUACCCGCGAAAGCGCGUGAAUUUCGUGGGAUCGGAACAGCUGCCGCGCCGCGUUCGUCAAACGGAUCGGCGCGAUUAACGAUGUACACGAGGUCGCAGACAGAACUAAUAAAGGACGCGUGAAUAAUUGCUGUAUGAAAUAGCCGAGUGCGUCCUCUCGCGUAGGCGUAAUCUUGUUUUGUUUUCGUAAAAGUAUCUUCCUUUUGACGGACGAAGUCGACUCCGAUUGACUCGAUACGCCGCAGCGCGCGAUAAUGCAGCGACGCUUAUUCUUUUCGUAGGCUGUUCGAUAGAACGCCAGAAAAAUUCCUCUGCUCCGCCAUAUGUUUCUCCUACUUCACGAUAUUUCGUUCGCGUCGUUCCUGUUGGCGCAACGCCGACCUUCGCGUCGUCUCCAUUCCAGCGAACAGACUCGAAUUUUACCAAGUACGAGGUUAUUCGAAAGCGGUUAAGUCUAUCGUAUGUAAUUCGCUCGUAGGCGACGAAACGACUCGACGAUAAAGAAAUGCGGUACGGAUUGUUUCGCGGAAGCUGCGAAAAGAAAGAAGAUUCGCCGAAGAUGACCAACGCGUGCGUAACGUCGGCUCUUCGAAGUCAGAGCACCGCGAUGAACUCCAUCGAGGACGCGAUCGAAAAAAUCCGCCGUCUCCGAGUUACGGCCGACGACGAAGAUGCCGCGCGGCCUGAUCCAGCAAUCGAUCGCCCGAUCGAUCACGAUAAACGCGACGAAGGAGACGAGAAGGAAACGGAAGAGGAAAAGGAAGAAAAGGACGAUAGCGACGGAAGCGACGAAGACGACGAGAACAGCGACGAAAGCGACGAUCUCGUCGAACGUGGACCGAUGAAACAAUAUUCUCCUCCGACUCGUGCUCGACCAUAUCACGUGAACUCCGAACGGCGCUUUUUUUUCGAUUUGCACGAAAGCGUACUCCUCGAUUACGAUAAAAGCGUAGAGGAAAUACUGAGGGACGAAGAUCUAUUGAGCACGAACGAGCUGAAUCGAAAUCGCCUCGCGUCGCAGGAAAACGAGUCUAUUUCGCUAUCCGACACCAACGUGGACGAUUCUGCGGGCAACCGGUUAUUGGAAGACGUGUUACGCGGUGUCUUUCAAGCGGCUCAACCCGCCGCGGCCAAGGAGAACGACGACGCUCGCAGUUUUUGGGAAAAUCACGAGUCCUCGUAUCUCACCGAAUCUCACGCCCCGGCCGCUCGCACGGUCUCCGAUAGUUCGAGCGACACGCUCCCUCCGGCCCCGAAUUCUAGGAUCGUUCCGUCCAUGUACAGAGAGCCACAAUCGUCCUGCUACUCCUACAGCUCUUCGUCUUGUUCCUCGAAUCAGUCGUUCGGCGAUGCUGCCAGUCCGAAAAGCUACCAGGCGCUGGUCGGUCCGCGAAUCGAAACACGACGGAUCGAAGAACAAGACUUGGACGAUUGUUCCUUUUGGAAGGAACAGGAACUCGAGUCCGUGAAGAGCAGCGCGAUAAGCGCGAUACUCAAAGAGCUCGUGAACGGUUUAGAAGAAGAGACCGGUGUCCGGACAGAGGAAACGCGAGGAUCCGAUUCUACCGCCGUCACCGGAGGCUUCGGUCCGAUCGGCGAAUCAACGAACCUGCCGUCGUUCGCCGAAGUGAAACGCUCUAAUCCCAUCGUCGCCGAUUUCUCUUCUUGCCUGUCGGAGAUAUCCUACUCGGAUCUUGUCCCCGUGCUCGAUUCGCUCCCAAACUUUUCGCCGUCUCCGAACACGAUCCACACCGACCGCCCUAACUCGAAGGAGCUCGAAAAAACGGUGGAAUCGACAGGCGCGAUCGACGACUCGCGAAUACCCAAGGUGCUUGCGUCGUUCGAGUCGCGACCUCAACAAAACCGGAACAAGUCCGAGCAAAACGCGUCACCCUGGUCGUCCUUGAACAUGCCGAUGAUUCCGGCUAGCGACAAACUCAAGGAACAACUGGAUGCUACGGAAGUGAAGAACGCCAUGAUCGACCUAUUGAAGUGGAAGGUCGAGGAACUCGCUCGACAAGACCGCGACGGGGACACAGCAUUGAUGUGUCUGGUUGGCAAUCUGGACGAAUUCCUCCGAAAGAAGGCGUACCUCGUACCGCUGGUCGAACGACUGAACACUAUGAAAGGAGCCAUCGCGAUAACCAACCGUCGAGGCGAGGACGCUCUUUACUUGGCCGCGUUGAAUUUUCCGCAGUUCCCUUACGUCACCGGAUACCUGGCUGCGGUGAUGCUGCAGAAGAACAUCGACAUUGCUCAACGGCUGUAUCGUAUUUCCGGUGACACGUUGAUACACGCGGUCGCGGCACAAGGAGAUUCGCACGCGGAGGUGCUGGCCGAGUUAUUGUCUCUGAAAACGAGCCAAGGACACGCCGUGUUCGAUCUGUCGAAACGCAAUUACGAUGGAAAAACGGCUCUGCACGUCGCUGUCGAGUCGCACAACCCGGUCUAUGGUGGCACUUGGUCGUUGGCCAGCGUGAAGCUGCUGCUAAAGUACGGCGCUGAUCCUAGAACGAAGGAAACGAGAAGCGGAGACACGUCGUUGCACGUCGCAGUGUCCCGAACGUGCGAUCCAGCUCUCGUGAAGGUAUUAUUGGAGGCGCGUGGCUCCGAAUCGGUGAACGCGAUCAACUACGAUCACGAUACGCCGCUGCACGCGGCAGCAGCUGCAUCGAACGUCCCGUUAUCGCGACAAACGGAGAUCUGCUGGCUGUUGAUUCGCGCCGGAGGCAACACGAACCUACCCAAUAUCCGAGGAGAAGUUCCAUUGGACCUAGCCCCGUCGGACAGGAGAGAAGCUAUCGCGAAGAUCUUUUAUGCUAUGCCGUAAUUGCCUAGGAAAUCCC